CGCACGCUGGGCCGGAGCCGGAAGUGGGGAGCAGAAUGGCGGUGGCACACGCUCUCCGGUGCCGGAAGUGAGGAGGAGACGCGCCGGGACCGCACACACGCGGGCUGCACGCAGCAUGGGUAGGCCGCGCCGGGCCGCCCCGCGCCGGAGGCUGCCGAAGGCGGAGGAGGAUGCCGGGGAGGAACCCGCCGGGCCUGAGCCGGGCCCGCUGGCCUCGCAGCGCUUCACGGACGAGGUGGACGAUUUCCACGAGGCGCAGUUCGAGGCGGUGAUGGGGGCGCUGGGGAGCGAGGAGGAGGCGGAGGAGGAGGAGAGCGAGGAGGAGGUGCUGGGCCUGCAGCUGCCGUCGGAGAGCGAGGAGGAGGAUGGGGAUGAAGAUUAUGAUGAUGAUGGGGACCUGUCUAUGCACAGUGACCUGGAGGAGCCAGUCAGGGGCUCCGGCCUCCCCCACGAGCUCUCCUGGGGGCAGCGCAAGCAGGUCUAUUAUCAGACAGACUACGGGGCCGCUGCCGGCUCGAAGAACAAGCAGAGUCGCGAGGAGGCCGAGGCCGAGGAGCUGGAGGAGGAACAGGAGGCUCAGGCCAUCCAGAAGCGUCUGGCGCAGGCCUUGGGCGAAGACGACUACGGGCUGGACCUGGUGCAGGCGUACGCUGAUGAGCAGCGCAGCACCCAGCUGCUGGAGACCGGGCCGAAGAUCGCCAAGGAUUUGAAGACGCUUUCCAGAAAAGAGCAACUGAAGCUGCUGAAGCAAGAGUCACCCGAGCUGCUGCAGCUGAUUCAGGACUUUGAAGCCAAGUUAACUGAGCUCAAGGAUGAACUGGAUCCACUCAUGCACAUGGUCCGGAAUGGGAUCAUCCCGAAGGGAAAAGGUAGCCGUUACCUGCAGACCAAAUAUCAUCUCUAUUUGAAUUAUUGCACCAAUAUCAGCUUCUAUUUGGUUCUGAAAUCAAAGAGGAUUCCAGUUCAGGGCCACCCUGUUAUUGAAAGACUGGUUGCUUACAGAAAUUUAAUCAAUGACUUGGGGAUUGUGGAUGAAAAGUUAUCAUCGGAAGUCCAAUGGCUCCUUAAUGAGCUCCACAAUACUGAGAGAAAUGAUGUAGGAGGAAAGAAGAAACCCACAAUGCUGCUUCAGAGAACUGUUAAUAAAAAUAAACCAAAAUCUGUUCCUAAGAUUUCUACUGUUGAGGCUGCUGCUAAGGAACCAAGAGAUGAUUCAGACUUAGAUGAAGAGGCUGCCUUGAAAUUUUACAGGGAGAUGGAGGAGAAGAUGAAACUCAAGAGGAAGAGAAGAGAAGAUCAGAAUGCUCUGGAAGAGGAAAUGGUUCUCGAAGAAGAUCCAAAUAAAAAGAGAGGUAUAACAUAUCAGAUUGCCAAGAAUAAAGGUCUUACACCCAAGAGGAAGAAGAUUGAUCGUAACCCAAGAGUCAAGCAUCGUGAGAAAUUCAGGCGUGCCAAGAUUCGUAGAAAGGGCCAGGUUCGUGAGGUUCGAAAAGAAGAGCAAAGAUAUGGUGGUGAACUGUCUGGCAUUCGUGCUGGAGUUAAGAAAAGCAUAAAGCUUAAAUGAUUCCCUCUGCGAUUUGUGGACCUGAAGAUAGUGGAUGUGAACACAAUAAAUCAUUUCUAAAUAGAA